AUGGGUCAGAUUAACAACGAUGAUCCUGAAGUCAAACAUCAAGUUGGAAGUAAUGAAACUGUGAUUGAUGAUCUAAAUAAUCCUACGAACCAAUUGAUACACUCCAUUUCCUCAUGGCAUCAGUUGAAGAAAGUAAUAGCCGUAUUUCUUCGCACAAAGAAGAUUCUACGAGACAGGAUACAAGCUCGUUCAAGUGUAAACAACGAAAACUUCAUCGCAAACAGUCACUCCAACUCCCUCUCUGCUGAAGACCUAGCCCAAGCUGAGAUCGCCAUCGUAAAGUUCAUUCAGUUAACUACGUUUCACAAAGAGAUAAUGUGUCUUAGCAACAUCAAGCUCGAAGACUCCGCAGACUACCGGAAGUUUCAGAAAAACAAAAAAUUGACUAUCAAGAAAGUCAGCUCGAUCCAUCGUCUCGAUCCAUACCUUAAAGACGGAAUCCUUAGAGUUGGAGGUUGA